UGGGCAUGCCCAAGGCAUGUUUCUUUAACUAAGAGAAGCUUUGGCAUGCGCCAAGGCGCUGUGUUGGAGUAGGCAUCAAUGACUGCGGAGAAACCGCGACGACAUCAUUUCUCCAGCGUGGUUUCGAUAUCCACGACAACAUUCAACAGCCAUAGCCUAUAUUGCUGUACUGUCCUUGCCGCGUUCGAACCUCAUCCCCUCGCCAUCUCCUCGUCGACAUAAGUCCUCAAAGGAACUGCAUACAAGAAACAACGCUCGACAGCGGCCACAGGCCGGCCAUCCUUUCAUAAUGGCAACCGAAUCACAACCUCCCGAGCAACUGAACUCCACCAUCAUGGUGAACGAAACUCCCAAUUUCGAUUUGCCCUCAUACAUCUCGAACUACAAAGGUCGAACCGUUUUCCGUCGCCUUCACCUUAUCGCAGCAUGCUCCACGGCUCUACAAGAAGAGGCAGCGCGUCUGGCUGUUGUUGAAGCAAAGAAGGGUAGCGACGUUCGAAACUACCACGAGGCCGUUGCACUGUUGAAACGAGCCUCAAGGAGCAAGGACAUCGACACCUUGUUGGACCCAGUCUGGGCUGCACAACAAGAGAAGAAGAAUGCCAUCGAAACUGCUCGGUUGGAAAAUGAGCUUAAGGGAUACAAGAACAACCUCAUCAAGGAGAGCAUACGAAUGGGCAAUGAGGACCUAGGCACACACUAUUACACCAUCGGAGACCUUACCAACGCCGUAAAAGCUUACUCUCGCAUGCGCGAUUACUGCACCACUUCUACUCACAUCGCUUCCACUGCUUUCAGAAUCGUCGCAGUCGCCAUCGAGCAAAAGAAUUGGUUGGCUGUACAAUCCCAAGUCCACAAGAUCCGCAACCUCCAAAUGAAGCAGGAGGACCAGGUCAGGAACCAGCCAAAGGUGCAAGCGGUCAUGGGUCUUCAGCAAAUGUCUAUCGGUGAAUUCCACGAAGCCGCAACAAGUUUUUUGAUGACCGAACCCAAUUUGGGUGACAGCUACAGUGAAAUCAUCAGCGCCAACGAUGUCGCAGUCUACGGUGGCCUUUGUGCGUUGGCCUCAAUGGACCGUUCAGAAUUGCAAACCAAGGUGCUUGAAAACAACAACUUCCGCAAUUUCCUCGAACUCGAACCUCAUAUUCGCCGAGCAAUCAACUUCUUUUGUGCCACCAAAUACAGUCAAUGCCUCAACAUCCUCGAAUCCUACCGUCCAGACUAUCUUCUCGAUAUCUACCUCCAACCUCUUGUUCUUGACAUCUACAAGAAGAUCCGGACCAAGAGCAUCAUCCAAUACUUUCAACCAUUCAGCAAAGUCACCUUGGCUAGCAUGGAGAAGAUGUUUGGUCCACCAUCCGACAAGGCAACCUUUCUUGACGAAAUUGAGUCUUUGAUCGAAACCGGCAAGCUCGAUGCCCGAAUUGACCUGGAGUUUGGAACUCUUGUGGCUGUCGAACACGACAUUCGUGCUGAAGCUCAACAAGCUGCUCUCGACACGGUCGAAGGAUUCAUUCGUGAGGCUAGAAUGAAACUCAUCCGACUGCAGGUGGUCAAUGCUGGAUUGGAGGUCAAGCAGCCACUAAAGAAGAAAGGAUGGGAUCCAGAUCAGGGCGACAUCUACGACGAUGGUGGUGUUGCAGCCCAGUCUCAGCGCAAGGGCGGAUAG